GUGGUUUCGGGCGUAUUAUACACGGCGGGUGCUUCUUGCCUGCAUCGGUUUUGCUACAGGUCGUGCAGAUUUCCCCCUGAGGGGAUGUCCAUGUCUCGAGUGGGAGAGGAAGAUGGCGAAAGACUAGCAUAUUCCAUUCACAGCUGUUCUAGUUAUUCUGGAGAAUUUACUCCCGACCGGGUUCAGGCCGACGACCCCGCCGAUCCCAAAUCACGCUGGUUGAGUGACGGCAGUAAAGUUCCCCAGCAUAUUACCGUGAAGCUGGCAGCUCCGGCGGUUGUGUUGUCUGUCGUAUUUGGUAAAUACGAGAAGAGCCAUGCCUGUAACCUCCGGAGGUUCUCAGUAUUUGGAGGAAUGGAAUGUGAUCAUAUGUAUCUUCUCUGUGAGGGGGGUUUGACCGACAACUCAAAGCCAGAGAGCUUCCCUCUUCGCCACGAGGUGGGAGGGAGGCCAUUUCCAUGUCAGUUUGUGAAGGUGGUGCCUGUCCAAUCGUGGGGUGGAACACUGUACAGUGUGUGGUACCUGGAGUUGCGCGGGAUUACAGCAAAGCCAGUGGUCUCACAGGCUCAGAAAUGGCUACAACAGUUUUGUAGAAAGCAGGCCUUGCGACUGUGUAUGAAGCACUUGCGAGAAUGUGACUAUAGUGACGCCUACCUCACCCUGUGCAAACAGUCACGAGUUGAACUGGAGCACCCUCUCCUCUCCCAGCUGCACUCCACGCUGGUUGUCAGGGGAGACUUUGUGACCACUGAAGCAAUUGUACAACAAGCUGCAGAGGAUGGUUACCUUGACCAGUAUGUGAGUCAGCAGCCAGUCCAGGCCAAGUGGAGCCCUGUCAAACCCACAUCAGAGGAGAAGCCAGGGAUGCGUGGAGGUCACCAGAUGUGUAUGGAUGCUGAAAUGGGGCUCCUGUACAUGUUUGGAGGAUGGGAUGGUAUCAAUGACCUUAGUGAUCUCUGGCAGUUUACAGUCGAGACAUUGCGAUGGGACUGUCUGAGCACGGACACUUCACAAGAGGGAGGCCCCAGUGGACGCUCAUGUCACAAGAUGUGCCUGGACUCUGGCUCCCAGCAGCUCUUCCUGUUGGGCCGGUACCUCAGUCCUUCCUCGCGCUCACCACUCAGUCCCACCAACAUCCCAGGAGACUUUUUCAGGUACAGUAUUGCAGACCGGAUGUGGCAGCUGCUUUCAGCUGACACACAUGCACAAGGAGGACCGCACUUGAUCUACGACCACCAGAUGACAUUCGACCCCAUAACUUUUACUCUCUAUGUGUUUGGCGGUCGAGUGUUGACAUCAUGCUCAGCUGUGGACUCAGCAGACCAUGUGUACAGUGGACUGUACAGCUACAAUACAUUAGAGGGUCAAUGGAGCUGCCUCAGACCUGACUACAGUGGAGGCUCACCCUACCCCCACAAUCUGGUCCCCCGAAUGGCACACUCUCUGCUCCUACACCCAAUUGCUAGGAAACUGUAUGUGAUCGGCGGUCAGAGAAACAAGCAACCGCUCAGUGACAUGCUGACAUUUGACCUGCAGUCGAAGGAAACUGAGAUUCUAGCCAAUGGAAAGGACACAAGUGUGCCUGCUGCUGGGUUCACCAUCAGGACAACCUUGGACCCUGUCCACAAUGAAAUACAUCUCCUCACUGGGUUAAACAAAUUUGAGGGGACUCGUGAUCAUGGGGUUAAGAAGGGUGUCUGCUCUAACUCCCUGUGGCUCUACAGAAUAUCCAGCAAGACUUGGACAUGCGUGUUGUCUGGGGACCAGAGGGACUGGUGUCCCGCCGCAGCUGCCCUCCCUGCCCCUCGCUACGCUCACCAGCUGGUCUUUGACCCCUCCACCCAGUCCCACUACAUGUUUGGUGGCAACCUUGGCAACGAGGUCCCACCCAGUCCACAGGCCAGUAUGCGGCUAGACGACUUUUGGAAGUUAAAGCUAGUUCACCAGACAAGAAGUCAGUUGGUAAGAAAGUGUAAAGUUGCCAUCAGACGACAGAAGUUCCAUGAGCUGGCCCAGUCUGAUCAGGUACAGGCCCUCGCCCACCUACAGUCCUCCCUCUCAACACUAGUCAACCACAACGAUGAAGAUGAAAGUGCUGAGGUUUAG